AUGGUCCUCGACCGCGGAAAAGAACUGGAAAGUCACCAAGCACAGACGAAAAGACGUCGCAGCUCUCUAUCGCCAUCCACGGUUGGCUCUGUCGAAGAGCAAUCCGCUAAUCUAAUAAACUCACGUCUGGAUGGUACACUAGGUCUGGAGCUUCAUCUGCAUUCAGAGCAUAUUGGCCCGGCUAGCUAUCAUGAACCUGAACUUCUUGAUCUGCGGCCAUCGACUAUUUUACUCGCUGACCACGAGAGAUGCUUUCCGCGACGUGUGAAUCAAUCCACUGCAUUCAUCACCUACCCUGACAAGAACUCGGCCUCUGAAAUGCAACGCGUCGCCGAUCUAGAUCGUAUCGAGGAAUCGAUACGUCCAUUGGGACCGACUCUAGUGAAUCUUUAUUUUCGCAUCAUGCAUCGCACUUUCCCGAUUCUGGACAAGGGCGUGUUUCUGGAGAAAUAUGCCCGGUCGUACCGCGAGUUCUCCCCACCACUUCUCGCAGCCGUUUACCUUGUUGCGCUGGACUGGAAGCUUUUCGAUCGAACUCUCGCUACUGCUCCCUCAACACCAGAUGCUGAAAACCUGGAGAAUCUGGCAAUGCGAGCCAUGGACGACGAUCUCAAGCGGCCCAAACUCUCCACAUUACAGGCUGGCCUGCUGUUAUUGCAAAGGAUCAGGUCUUCUCAUUGCACUCUUCCGGCUCAAUUAUUAUCUCUCGGGCAAACCUUGGGGAUUCACAUCGAUUGUACAGAUUGGAAAAUCCCAGAGUGGGAGAAAGGUCUACGACGACGUUUAGCUUGGGCCCUAUACAUGCAGGACAAGUGGGGCGUUCUUGUGCACGGCCGACCACCUCUUAUUCCUGCCCAAAUUGAUGAAGAUAAGGGUACAAAUGACUGGGAUGUUGCCCCAUGUACUUUCGAGGACUUUCCAGAAGAAGCGGAAGGGCAAGAUGAGAAGGCGGACGGGGGUGUGGACGAAGCGGCCGGUCAAGGGGCAUUUCUGCAAUCCAUUGAAUUAACGAAAAUCUUCAGUCGCAUCGUGUCCACAUUCUGUUCAAUCAGCGCAACCAGAAAAGGGGGACUGCUUGAGCGGAUUGGACCGUCGGGCGCGAUGAAUCUAGCCAAGCCCCUGGCCAUGGAGUUGCGAGACUGGCAUGCUGCCCUGCCCACCAGCCUCCAGCUAGAAUCAACACCCUCAUUGCGAUUGUCAACAAAUGGCGCUCUGCACCUUUCGCAUAUGGCAGCGGAGCUUACCAUCCAUCGCGCAUUGCUCCGCGUUUUGGGUCCGGAUACUGCGCCAUCUCUUCGUUCAGUGAUUCGAACUGCUGCUCGCGCACGACUGACUUCGGCCAUGGGUUUAAUUGAAUCUUUUCAACCUGAACAUAUUCAAUCCUUUUGGGGCUUUGCGGCCGCCGCCCAGGUAGCCUUAGUCGGUUCCUUUGCUGGUCUUUUGUGGGCAACGAGUCCCCAAGUGGAUGAAGCAGCCGGGUACGUUGAACAACUUGAAAAGUUGCGCUGGGUCCUGCAGGUUCGGGCAUCCGCUGCCCCAUUUGCUCGCGAAGCCCUUCGAAUGCUUCACGAAGAGCUCGGUGAUUUGGCUGCUGUGAAAGCGGCCACUUAUCGGGACUCUUAG